AUGCCACGUCCAACAAGCUGCCAAAAAAAAGCCAUAAAGGCUUAUGAAGCAAAAGUCUAUAAGCAUAGUGCCGAUAAUUCAGAAGCAGAAAACUCUGAUGAUAUUAGCAAUCUUUCUGUUUGUGACGAGGCGAUUGAAAAUAAUAAUGCUACAAGCAUUAUGAAAAGAUUUCAAGCAGCGGCUCAACAAUAUGAUCAUAACAGUGAUAACACUGAUGAUCAUAAUGAUAAUUUUUCUGCUUAUAAUGAGCCAAUUGAAAAUGAUAAUGCUGAAAACAUUAUAAAAAAACUUCAAAAUGCAGUAAAUAAAUAUUACCAGGAAUAUAAUUAUAAUCAAACUCGUAGACUACGUUAUCUAGGAAACUUGGUCUGUACUAAAAGAAAAAAAAGACAGCAACAACGUGAGUCAGAGAAUGAAAAUCAAUUGAAGAAAGUUAAUGAGAAACAAUCGGAGAAUAAAGAUCAGUUGGAGGAAGUCAAUGAGGAUGAGGAAGAUUUUGGAGAAUUGUCAGAGAAUAAGAUUGAAGCUUGUAAUUUACUUAAAAAAAUUUCAGCUACUCUUGAAAAUCUAGCAUUAGAUAUCAAAAAAGAAAACGUAAAUAGUGAGGUUUGGGUUUGUCUUAAUAGCAUUCGUUUUUAUCUUCAGCUUGUUAAAAAUAAUCAUCAAAAAAUAAAAGCAAGUAAAAUCAUUGCAGAUGCAGCAGGAAAAGGGGUGUAUCAUGCUAAGUGCAUUCGUUCUUGGGCGCAUAAAUACGUUAUAGCACGUUCUCUCGGAUUUGCACCACCUCCAACAAUUUCUCUCAAUACUGCUAAAAAUUAUUUAAAGGAGCUUGAGUACAUCUAUGAAAGAGUAAAAAAAGGUGUUUAUAUAGAUGGACAUAAGAGAGAAGAUGUAGUAGCUUAUCGGAAGAUAUUUUUGUAG